AAAAACGUCACCUUGACAAGGCCACCCCAUAGAGAGAGAGAGAGAGAGAGAGCUGUUCCACGAAUUUGAAAGCAACGGAACUGGGAUCUACUGCCAGUAUAAGUGAAGGCGGUUUAGAUCUGCAGAAGCAAUGCAUGCAUUCAUCUGUCCUCUAGAAAUUCUAAUCAAUGGAGUUCCCAAGCUCUCUUUCUCGUAGUUUGAUUCCUUUCUUACUAGCUAGCAUCCUCGUCGUCUGCGUGCCCACCUUAACACACCAAUCCUCCCUCGUCGGCAUCUCAGGAUCCAACUCAACCUCCACUAGAGAGGUGCUUGCUCUCCUCUCUUUCAAGUCCCUGCUAUCAGAUCCCAACAACUCCUUGUCCUCGUGGAACAACCCAACUCUCCAUUUCUGCAACUGGCACGGCGUGAUUUGUGGCGGCCGCCGGCACCCCGAUAGAGUCACAGCCUUGGAGCUCGACAUGAUGAACCUGAGAGGUCCCUUAUCCCCCUCUUUGGCCAACCUUACCUUCCUCAAGAAGCUCCACCUUGCAGGCAAUCACCUAAAUGGCUCCAUCCCGCCUGAGCUUGGCCGCCUGUCUCGCCUUAAGCAUCUUGAUCUGAGCUACAAUGAUUUUGAAGGAGAGAUUCCAGCCUCUUUAUCCAAUUGUUCCAGCCUCCAAAACAUUAGCUUAAGCUAUAACAUGCUAAGUGGGUGGCUUCCCCCCGGCCUUUCCCGGUGUUCUGACCUCCGCAUCAUUUCUCUCGAAUUAAACCUCUUGACUGGAGAGAUCCCUGACAAGAUCGUCUCUCUUCCAAAGCUCUCAUGGCUAAACCUUGGCAGUAACAGUUUCUCUGGUGGCAUUCCAGCUGGGAUAGGGGGGAGCUCUUCCCUCACCAGUGUCAUGCUUUUAAACAACAGCCUUACAGGAACCAUUCCUCCUUGUUUAGGGAACAUUUCCACCCUCACCUAUCUCCUCCUCAGUCGAAACAAUCUCCAUGGACCGAUACCACCUUCCCUUGGUAACUGCUCGAAUCUUAUCUUUCUAUCCCUAGGAUCAAACAGUUUGGAGGGGGAAAUUCCUGAGAGUCUUUUCCACAAAACCAGCUUGGAAUAUUUUGACGUGUCGAGCAACAACUUAUCAGGUAUGGUUCCCUUUUCUCUGUACAAUCUCUCAUCCAUCCAGUCUUUGAGUUUGGGGUUGAACCAGUUCAUAGGAACACUUCCACCCAACUUAGGCCGCACUCUCCCUGGACUCCGAUACCUUUGCGUGGCGGGGAGCCAACUGGAAGGACCUAUUCCUCCCUCUCUAUCCAAUGCUUCUCACCUUCAAAUACUUGAUUUUAAUGGCAACAAAUUCAGCGGGCGAGUGCCUUCGAAUCUUGGACAGCUUCAGAAUCUAUCUCGCGUAAAUUUGGGAUACAACUUGCUCGAGGCAAGGGAUGCCAAUGAUUGGAAAUUCCUUAAUUCUCUAACCAACUGUACAAAUAUUGAGUUCUUGGACCUGUCCCAUAAUUUUCUUGCAGGCACCUUUCCCAGCUCCGUUUGCAACCUCACUACAAAACUAGAACGGCUAUUGUUGUCGGAGCUUCCGAUGUCAGGGUCGAUCCCUGAAGAGCUCGAGAACCUCGAGGGAUUACAGAAACUUGAUCUCAGUUAUAACAUUCUUACCGGCAACAUUCCUGGAACAAUUGGAAAGCUCCGUAACCUGGGCCAACUAACUUUAUCUGGAAAUAGACUUUCAGGGCCCAUUCCAGCCUCACUUGGCAACCUCACUCAUCUAGAAUUAUUGAAUUUGAGAGGCAAUUAUUUGCAAGGAAACAUUCCAAAAAGCUUCAUAAACUAUAUGUACUUAGACGAGCUGGACCUCUCCUAUAACCAGCUUAGUGGCACUAUACCGCAUGAGGUUUUUAGGAUUCCUUCUCUUACAAAGUCUCUUGAUCUGUCCCAUAAUUCUCUGGUUGGAUCCCUUCCGCCUGAUGUGGGCAAGUUGAAACUUAUAACUCAGCUUGAUGUUUCUGAAAACAAGCUAUCUGGAAAAAUUCCCAGUGCUCUUGGUGAUUGUGUGACCUUGAAUUACCUUUCCAUGGAAGGCAACUUCUUUGAGGGAAUCAUUCCUUUGCACUUGAGCAGUUUGAAAAGUAUCCAACGGCUUGAUCUUUCAUGCAACAAACUGUCUGGCCAAAUCCCAGAAUUCUUCACGGAUAUUAGAACUCUUUACUAUCUCAAUCUAUCUUUCAAUGAUUUAGAGGGUCCAGUACCAGAAGAGGGUAUCUUUACAAAUACGAGUGAAGUUUUUCUUGAAGGCAAUGAAAAGCUUUGUGGGGGUGAUCCAAAGUUACAACUUCCUUUAUGCUCCAACAAAAGAAGAUCACUCAAAAUAUUAUUCAUAAUUGUCGCUGCAGCUCCUACUUUGAUAAUUUUCCUAUUAGGCAUUCUCUGUUGGAAGAAAUGCCCAAGAAAGAGAUCCCCAUCUGAGUCUUCAUCAAAGGAUCAAAAUAGAAUGGUUUCUUAUACUGACCUGCGCAAAGCAACUGGUGGGUUUUCUUCCGUCAAUCUAAUUGGGGUUGGGAGUUUCGGUUCUGUGUAUAAAGGAAUUCUAGAUGCCUACGACAAAGUUGUUGCUGUGAAGGUGCUCAACCUUCAGCAGAGUGGAGCUUUAAAGAGCUAUCUAGCUGAAUGCGAAGCCUUGAGAAACAUCCGACAUCGGAAUCUCAUCAAGAUCAUUACUACAUGUUCGAGCGUUGAUCACUUUGGAAAUGAUUUCAAAGCUCUUGUCUUCGAUUUCGUGUCUAAUGGGAGCCUAGAAGAGUGGUUACAUCCCAGGGUAGCCGACAACUGUGAGUCCAGGCAUUUAAGCCUUGCGGAAAGGUUGGACAUAGCCAUUGAUGUCGCCUCAGCAUUGGAAUAUCUUCAUCAUCACCAUGGGAAGACUCCAAUUGUUCAUUGCGAUGUGAAGCCAAGCAAUAUUCUUCUCGACGAUCAAAAAUGUGCUCACCUGGGUGACUUUGGAUUGGCAAGGUUCCUCCAAGGUAACAAUACCUUAUCAACUCAAGAUCCAACAAACUCGAUUGCAUUGAAAGGGUCGAUAGGAUACAUAGCUCCAGAGUAUGGGAUGGGUGCCAAGGUUUCUACGCAUGGAGAUGUGUACAGUUACGGGAUUCUACUGUUAGAAUUGCUCACAGGAAAGAGGCCUACUGAUGAUAUGUUUAAGGAUGGCCAGUCGCUUCGUAAUUUUGUUGAGAUGGGGUACCCUGAAAGAGUAAUGGAGAUUGUGGAUCCUAGCAUACUGUUAAGCAUGGAAGCUGACAGUCCAAGUGAAACCAUAGCCAGAGAAGGAAUAGUGGAAUGCUUGGUCUCCAUGAUUGAUGUUGGCCUUUUGUGUUCCAAGGAAGCACCAAAUGGACGGAUGGAGAUGCAAGAAGUGGCUACCGAGAUGGAUGCAAUCAGAACUUUAUUUGUAGGCCUGAGAAGUAACACAUCUGUGAGGGUCUUUGGCUCAUGAUCCUUCUGUCUUUUUAUUGGUUCUUCUCAUCUGUUUCACCUGCCGAGCAUUAUCUGCAAAAAGCGUAGGCCUAUUUGGCAUCAAUGGGGCUUUUGUGUUUCUGUUCCUCUACAAAUUGGUGAAAACUAUGUGGAGGUUGGUGUUGAAAAUAGCAAUUGAGCAAAAUUUCUGAUA